AAAAUCUUAAUUAUAUCGAACUAAGAAGUAGCGCUAUGAGCGCUAUAUGCUUUUUCCUAAACAUUUUUUGGGAACCACUUCUUUGUUUUGGCAUUGGAAAAUUAUUAUCAACACGUGUGUGAAAAUUUUGUUCUAAAAUGGGUAGAAAAGCGAAAUUCACCGAAGAAGAUCGCCCUAAGAAAGGUAAAGGACGAAAGGAAAAGAAGCAAAAGGAUCCUGUGGCGCCGUUUCAAGUUGAUCAUGCGGAGCUUAAAAAAGCUGAAAGUAGCGAUAGAAAGUUGAGCCAUCGGCAGAAACAAAGAGCUGCUCGUAGGUUGAAAAAGAAGCUGGAAUGGAGAGAAAAAAGAAAAGAAAUCAAGCUUAGAAAAACAGAAGAGCUGCAGAAGAAAAUAAGUAUUGCGUGCAUACCUUUUCUAGAACCAGUUGCUAAAAUGGAAGAAGAUGAUGUUAGCGAUGAAGAAGAAGCAGAAAACAGUAGUGGUGACGAGAAUUAUGCUGUUGAAAAAUUAGCAGACGUUGAUAGUGAAGAUGACAACUUCGACGGCGAGAAAGAAGAUUUUGAUGACUCUGAAAAUGACGAUGUCGAAGAAAAAGACAAGGAACAAUCGAAUGACAUUAGAUUGAAUAUUGCGUCUGAAGAUUUGUUGGUGUUUCCCGAUGAAAAUGUCAAUGAAGUAAUUUCUAUUCCAGAAGUAGAACAGAGAAUAAAAGAUAAUCUAUUAGUUUUAUCCAAUUUCAAAAAAUUCAGAGAGCAAAAUAGGAGCCGGCAAGAAUACAUUACCCUUUUGAGGAAAGACUUGUGUACAUAUUUUAGUUACAAUGAAUUUUUAAUGGAAAGACUCAUGAACAUAUUUCCGCUGGAUGAAAUCAUGAGCUUUUUAGAAACUAGCGAAAUGCAACGUCCGGUCACUAUCAGGACUAAUACUUUGAAAAUACGACGUAGAGAUUUAGCGCAAGCACUCAUCAACCGUGGCGUAAAUGUAGAUCCUGUUGGGAAAUGGUCCAGUGUUGGACUUGUGGUUUAUAACUCACCUGUUCCUAUCGGAGCUACUCCGGAAUACUUGGCUGGGUUUUAUAUGCUUCAAGCCGCUUCUAGUUUAUUGCCUGUAAUUGCUUUAGCACCGAAAGAAAAUGAGCGUAUAUUAGAUAUGUGCGCUGCUCCAGGAGGAAAAGCUUCCCACAUCGCUGCUUUAAUGAAAAAUACUGGCAUUUUGUUCGCAAAUGACGCUAAUAAAUCAAGAGUGAAUGGUAUCGUUGGAAAUUUUCAUAGAUUAGGCAUUACAAAUUCUGUAAUUACAUGUUACGACGGGCGCGAAUUUCCACAAGUUAUGAAAGGAUUUGACCGAAUAUUGGUAGACGCUCCUUGCACUGGUACAGGAGUUAUAUCUAAAGAUCCAAGCGUGAAAACCAGUAAAGAUGAGAAAGAUGUCCAGAAAUGUUUUACGUUACAACGCGAAUUGCUCCUUGCUGCGAUUGAUUGCUUGAAUUAUCGUUCAACCACUGGUGGCUAUCUAGUUUAUUCUACGUGUUCCAUAUUGCCUGAAGAAAACGAAGCUGUGGUCAACUACGCAUUGAAAAAACGAGACGUGAAAUUAGUUCCAACAGGUUUAGAUUUCGGUACCGAAGGUUUUGUGAAAUAUCGCCAAUAUAGGUUUCAUCCAACGCUGAAUUUAACGAGACGAUUUUACCCACAUGCUCAUAAUAUGGAUGGAUUUUUCGUCGCUAAAUUUAAGAAGUUUUCCGAUGUUAUUCCAUCGUCUAAGAAUAAUGAAGAAGAUGAUAUAUCGCAGAUUUAAUUUUACAUUAUUGUUUGAAAUUAAAAAAAUAAAUGUUACGUUUUUAUUUUUUAA